AAUCAUCACUUGGAUACUGAUGUUAUUUUUAAUGUGCCACUGAAGAAAUUUAAUUUUACUUUCAACGUGAUGGUAGCAGAAUUUAAGGCUUAUUUAGUUCAAUCAUGUAAGAAAAACGAAAAAAUUACUCAUCAGCCUCAUUUAUUCAUACUAAUAGAUACAGUAGGUGCUAAUGGAGAUGUAAACUAUCAUGUUAUAAUGGAUAAACAACAACUAAAUGCUAGAAAAGCAUUUGUUGUAAUUGGUGCUGAAACUUUAUUUCCACGACUUGAAAUUUUGUUCACACAACCAAGCGUACAACUCGUAAGUCAUUUGGUAGAAAGUUUGAAGUACUGUGACGAAGUUAUCACAAACACGUUAUCACCAACGUGGAAAUUGAAUGAGGUUCAAAUGCAGCAAAGCUUUGUGGACUGUAAAACAACAAAAUCAGGCAGUGAUAAGGGUAAUCUUAUGCAAGAAAUGUGGACUGCUACAAUGUUCGAUCUGACCCGAGAAUAUAAAAUGAAUUCGUUAGCAAUUUAA